GGCGGCGGCGCCGGCAACACGAGCAGCAGCGUCGCCCUCGGCCGGCGGCCCGCCUCGGCGCGGCCUAUAAAGGGUCCUGGUCGGCCAGCGCUGCCCCCUCUCUGCUCGCAGCCUCCGAGGAGGGAAGAGGAAGGGAGGGGGGCGCGGGGAAAAAAACCUUAAAAAGAAAAAAAAAGCCUUAAAAACAGCAAAAGAGAAAAAAAAACCAAAGGAAAAAAUUGAUUAUAACAAAAAGGAAUAAGGAGGAGGGUAAUUAAUUUAAUAAUAAUAAUAUAAUUAAGCAAUUGUGAAUUGCGCGGGGGCCGCUUUUGGCUGACGCUUCUCUGCCUGUCUGCCUGUCUGUCUUUGCCUCUAAUAACCCCCAAAUCUGCCUCGUGAUUUUUCUUCCCCCCUCAGUCGUCUUUGGUGUGUCUUUUCCCCCUCAACACCCCCUCCGUAUUUAUUCCUAUUUAUUUUCACCUCGCCUCUAAUCUCCUUGCCCCACCUCCCGCCACCCUAGAAUCGCUUUCCCCCACCCGGCCCGCCCAGAGUGGGUCGGAACCCCGUUUCUUUUCUUCCCCCGUUCACCUUCCUUGAAGCCAGAGCCCAGGUUUGCCUUGCCGCCUCCCCAGUUCAUUGCCGCCCCUGCGCCCCACUUUCCGCGCACUUUCUCCUCUCCUACCACUAUUCCUUCGUUCUCCCUCUUAAUGACUGCAGGUCUCUCGCUUCGUCUUGAUCUGCUUGGCCUUCUGUACUGUUUUCCUGCCCUUUAAAAUUGCCCUUUAAAAGUUUUUUUUAAAAAGAACUAAAGCCAUACCAGGCCUUGGUAGAUACAUAUUGUUGUCUUUUUAAACCAGAUUUUAUCUGUGUUGCAAAGUAGUCUUAUAGGGGCAACAGCUGUUAGUUAUUAAUUUAAAAUGGCACAGGGUUAUUGACCCCUGCUCCUAAAAAGUUACCCUUUUAAUAUCUGGAAGACAGGGAAAGAAGUUAAUCCAGAAGUAUUAAACUACAAAUUUAAAAUACAAUCCACAAUUGCUCAUUUUGCAAGGGAAAGAUAUACGGGUUUUUUUAAAGGCAGAAUUGGAAAUUUCAUUUUAAAAAAUACAUUUAAACAGCUUUUUGAAACAUUUCAGGUCCCUUAACUUAGUUUUCUGUACAAAUUUCCACCCAAAUCUGAUUCAGUCCUCUUAAGUCAAAUAUUAGUUAUAUUUUUGAAAUUUGCACUGCUUUUUUCUCUUAUAGCUGCUUUCCCUUAUUUUCCAAUACUUUCUAGCAUUUCUUCAGCCUUUCCUCUUAGCUCUGACCCCAUUCCUCUAAAAGCUAGUGAAGUUUUUUUAAAAAUAUAUUAAAAAAUACUUUUAAAAAAAAGUUUAACAUAAGCAUCUGGGCCUCUGAGUGAAAGAUGAACACAGCUGCUAGUAGCUACCCGAUGGCAUCUCUGUAUGUGGGUGACCUGCACCCUGAUGUCACAGAAGCCAUGCUGUAUGAGAAGUUCAGUCCUGCGGGUCCUGUGCUCUCCAUCCGUGUCUGCAGAGAUAUGAUAACUCGUCGCUCCCUAGGAUAUGCAUAUGUUAACUUUCAGCAACCAGCUGAUGCUGAGCGAGCCCUGGACACCAUGAACUUUGAUGUGAUCAAAGGGAAACCCAUCCGCAUCAUGUGGUCUCAGCGUGAUCCUUCCUUGAGGAAAUCAGGUGUAGGGAAUGUCUUUAUUAAGAACCUGGACAAAUCCAUAGACAACAAGGCACUUUAUGACACUUUCUCGGCUUUUGGGAAUAUACUUUCUUGCAAGGUGGUGUGUGACGAGAAUGGCUCUAAGGGCUAUGCCUUUGUGCACUUUGAGACACAGGACGCUGCGGACCGGGCCAUUGAGAAGAUGAAUGGCAUGCUGCUGAACGACCGCAAAGUAUUUGUUGGGAGAUUUAAAUCCCGUAAAGAGCGUGAGGCAGAAUUGGGAGCCAAAGCAAAGGAGUUCACCAACGUCUACAUUAAAAACUUUGGGGAUGACAUGGAUGACGAACGGCUGAAGGAGCUUUUCAGCAAAUACGGUAAGACUCUCAGUGUUAAAGUCAUGACAGAUCCCACUGGGAAGUCGAAAGGCUUUGGUUUUGUGAGCUUUGAGAAGCACGAAGAAGCCAACAAGGCAGUGGAAGAAAUGAAUGGAAAAGAUAUCAAUGGGAAAAUGGUGUUUGUGGGCCGGGCACAGAAGAAAGUGGAGCGCCAGGCAGAGCUGAAAAGGAAAUUUGAGCAGCUAAAACAAGAGAGAAUCAGCCGGUAUCAGGGAGUUAACUUAUAUAUUAAGAACCUGGAUGAUACAAUUGAUGAUGAGAAGCUGAGGAAGGAAUUCUCUCCUUUUGGGUCUAUCACAAGUGCCAAGGUGAUGCUGGAAGACGGGCGAAGCAAAGGGUUUGGCUUUGUCUGCUUUUCCUCUCCGGAAGAAGCCACCAAAGCUGUAACGGAAAUGAAUGGGCGCAUUGUGGGCUCCAAACCACUAUAUGUUGCAUUGGCACAGAGAAAGGAGGAGCGGAAAGCCCACCUCACCAACCAAUACAUGCAGCGCAUUGCUGGAAUGAGAGCCCUGCCUGCCAAUGCCAUCAUCAAUCAGUUCCAGCCAGCUGCAGGAGGGUAUUUCAUGCCAGCUGUGCCCCAGGCUCAGAACAGACCCACUUACUAUGCACCUAAUCAGAUGACUCAGAUGAGGCCUAACCCACGCUGGCAGCAAGGAGGGAGACCUCAAGGCUUCCAAGGAAUGCCAAACACUAUGCGCCAGUCUGGACCAAGACCAGCCCUACGACACCUGGCUCCAGCGAGCAAUGCUCAAGCCUCACGUGGCAUGCCUGGUGCAACCCAAAGGGUUGGGGUUCCUGCCACAGCUCCAAAUUUAGCGCCUCGACCACCUGUAGCUGCGCAAGCUCCAAGGGCUGUUCCGCCAUACAAAUAUGCCUCCAGUGUCCGCAGCCCCCACCCAGCUGUACAGCCUUUGCAGGCCCCUCAGCCUGCUGUUCAUGUGCAAGGACAAGAGCCUUUAACUGCAUCCAUGCUAGCUGCUGCCCCUCCCCAGGAGCAAAAACAGAUGCUGGGAGAACGUUUGUUCCCGCUUAUCCAAGCUAUGCAUCUCAGCCUUGCAGGAAAGAUCACAGGAAUGCUGCUAGAGAUUGACAAUUCAGAGUUGCUGCACAUGCUAGAAUCCCCAGAAUCCCUCCGUUCGAAGGUGGAGGAGGCUGUGGCAGUGCUGCAAGCUCACCAAGCCAAGAAAGAAGCUGCCCAGAAAGUGGGCAUAGUUGCUGCUACCUCGUAACUAGGGAGGCUGGUUGUAGAAAGCCAAAUGAGCCCCCUGAAGAAACCACCCGAAGCUGUUUAGAAAAUAACAUUAUACUGCACAUUUCAAUAUCAUGCGACAUAAUACAUUGCCAGUGUGUAAAAAAAGUUAAUAUGCCUUAUUUGCAAAAAUAAAAUUAAAGAAAAAUCCUCUACUGCUUUUGGUUUCCAAGAUUUAAAUAUGCAAGUUUUCCUUCUUGAAGCCAGGGUUGCAGCUACCUUGUCUUCCCAUGAGCAGGCACUUACAUUUUUCUGACUGAACAUUUUCAUUUGUGGUUCUUGGUUUUGAUCAAACAAUCUUGUUUGCAAAGUCUGGAAAGUGUUAUCAAUAAAAUAAUUAAAAUAUUUCAA